UCUUUCUUCACUUGCUGACACAUCUUCAGCGUGGGUGCAUGGGUCUGAGAACUUGGUGGAAUAAGCAGCUAAUGUUGGAAGGUGUUUUUCUGAUUCAGGUGAUUCCUCCACAGUAAGGUUUUUCUUUUUUCUUCUGCACUGUUGUAGCCAUUUGUUUGAGCUGCUGUGGAAGGAUAAAAAAUGGCUCAGCAGGGAAAUCAGCUCAACAGCAUGAGCUUUUCCUGUAAGAUCUGUCAAAGACUGUUCAAGGAUCCAGUGACUAUUACCUGUGGACACAGCUACUGCAUGACGUGUAUCAAAACCUUCUGGGAUAAGGAGGAGGACAAAAAAAUCUACAGCUGCCCUCACUGCAGACAUACAUUCACGCCCAGACCUGUCCUGGUGAAAAACACAGUCUUGGCUGAGCUAUCAGAGCAAUUUAAGAAGACUGGACUCCAAGCUUCUCCUGCUGAUCGAUGUGAUACUAGACCUGAAGAUGUGGCUUGUGAUGUCUGCACCGACAGGAAAGUUAGAGCCUUAAAGUCCUGUUUGAUCUGUCUGGCAUCUUACUGUGAGAAACACCUUCAACCUCACUAUGUGGCAGCACCAUUAAAGAAACACAAGCUGGUGGAACCCUCCAAGAACCUGCAGGAGGACAACCGCUCCCGUCAUGAUGAGGUGAUGAAGCUGUUCUAUCGCAAUGAUCAGAAUUACAAUGAUUUCCUUCGCCCUAUGAAUGUAAAAGACAUAUAUAAAACAGCUGCAGCAGGAAGGACUGAGAGGCAGAGAGAGCUGGAGGAGAGUCAACAACAAAUCCAGCAGAGAAUCCAGGACAGAGAGAAGGAGGUGAAGCUGCUUCAACAGCAGGUGGAGGCCAUCAAUCACUCUGCUGAUCAAACAGUGAAGGACAGUGAGAAGAUCUUCACUGAUGUGAUCCGUCUCAUCCAGAAAAGAAGCUGUGAUGUGAAGCAGCAGAUCAGAUCCCAGCAGCAAACUGAAGUGAGUCGAGUCAAAGAUCUUCAGGAGGAGCUGGAGCAGGAGAUCACUGAGCUGAAGAGGAGAGACGCUGAGCUGAAGCAGCUCUCACUCACAGAGGAUUACAGCAAAUUUUUGCACAACUACGCCUCACUACCACCACUCAGUGAGUCCACACACUCAUCCAGCAUCAAUGUCCGUCCUCUGAGAUACUUUGAGGAUGUGACAGCAGCUGUGUCAGAGCUCAGAGACAAACUGCAGGACAUUCUGAGAGAGGAAUGGACAAACAUCUCACUGACAGUCACUCAUGUGGAUGUUUUACUGCCAGAACCAGAACCAAAGAGCAGAGCUGACUUCUUCAAAUAUUCACAACAAAUCACACUGGAUCCAAACACAGCACACACACAUCUGUUACUAACAGAAGAGAACAGAAUGGUGACAGUGAUGAAUCAACAACAGUCCUUUUUUAAUCAUCCAGACCGAUUCACUGGAUUGUUGCAGGUUCUGAGCAGAGAGAGUCUGACUGGACGCUGUUACUGGGAGGUGGAGUGGAGAGCAGAGGGAAUUGUUAUGGCAGUUACAUACAGGAACAUCAGCAGAUCUGGUAAUGGGGAAGCAUGUCGUUUUGGUUGGAAUGACAAAUCCUUGGCCCUGUACUACCACCAAAACAGUUUCAGAUUUUGUUACAACAGUAUGUCGACCUCCAUCUCAGCUCCUGUUUCCUCCAGAGUAGGAGUGUACCUGGAUCACAGAGCAGGUGUUCUGUCCUUCUACAGCGUCUCUGAAAGCAUGACUCUCCUCCACAGAGUCCAGACCACAUUCACUCAGACGCUCCAUGCUGGACUGAGGUUGUAUGGUAAUGAUGGAGACACAGCAGAGUUCUGUAAACUCAAAUUGUUCAUGAAAGUGAUGAAGUGAAAUGUUUGUUUUUAGUGAUUCU